AUGGCCUUCGAGCUCCAAGGACGGUCCUUUAUUAGACCCUGGACGGCCCUCAGGCACACUCUGCUCAUGUACCUUAAGCUCAUCACGCGGUCGGCCGAGGAAACCGACCGAAGAUCAAGAAGGUUGUGUGGUCCUAGGAAGCGAAUGCCCCAUGAUUUGCUCAUCCCGUGUCCGCGCGUGAAAGGCCUUGACCGAGACCUCGUCAGGCUCGGCGCGGCUCAGCAGGGCCAGGGUGUUGUCGAACGACCGGAGGACGUUGAUGACAUGGCGGACACGGGAUGCCUCAGAGGCAGCAAUGGCACACCCAGACUCGAAUCCUUUUCUAUAAAUGACUUCCGCAUUCCCAGUUACCUUAUUGUCUCUGAUUCAGAGGAUAAGGAUGAUUCGGUUGAACCUCAGUGGCCAGUGUUGGUGUUUGUCAACUCAAAAAGUGUCGGCCAGCUGGGAGGUGACCUCCUUAUAACAUAUCGUUCUCUUCUUGGUGAACACCAGGUUUUUGAUCUGGGAGAAGAGGCUCCAGAUGAGGUUUUGCGCAGAAUCUACUUAAAUUUGGAAAAGCUGAGAUCCAACGGGGACACGCUUGCCCCUCGGAUCCAGCAGCAAUUAAAAAUAAUUGUAGCAGGUGGUGAUGGGACGGCGGGUUGGCUUCUUGGAGUUGUCUGCGAUCUCAAAUUAUCUCAUCCUCCUGCAAUUGCAACGGUGCCCUUGGGUAAUGGAAACAACCUCCCUUUCACAUUUGGAUGGGGUAAGAAGAAUCCUGGGACUGAUCAUUCAUCAGUUGUGUCAUUCCUCAAGCAAGUGAGUGAGGCAAAGGAAAUGAAAAUCGACAGCUGGCAUAUUUUGAUGAGGAUGAGUGCACCCGAAGAAGGUUCCUGUCAUCCCAUUGCACCCCUUGAACUACCACAUUCUCUCCAUGCUUUCCGACGUGUUUCUUCGACGGAUGAACUGAACAUGGAAGGAUACCACACAUUUCGUGGGGGAUUCUGGAGUUACUUUAGCAUGGGCAUGGAUGCUCAAAUAUCCUAUGCAUUUCAUUUAGAGAGGAAGGCGCAUCCUGAAAAAUUCAAAAAUCAGUUUAUAAAUCAGAGUACUUAUGCAAAGCUUGGGUGUACUCGGGGAAGGUUCCUUGCUUCUCUUGGUCAUCCUACUUCAUGGAAUAUAGCUCAGCUUGUAAAAGUGAAGAUUAUGAAAAGACAUGGUCAAUGGCAAGAUCUGCACAUACCACACAGCAUUAGGUCAAUUGUCUGUCUCAACUUGCCUAGCUUUUCUGGUGGACUUAAUCCGUGGGGGACACCAAACAGCACAAAACGUAGGGAGAGGGACUUGACCCCACCUUAUGUUGAUGAUGGUCACCUCGAAAUUGUUGGUUUUAGAGAUGCCUGGCACGGUCUUGUAUUGCUUGCUCCAAAUGGGCAUGGGACUCGUCUUGCUCAGGCACACCGCAUCAGGUUUGAGUUUCACAAAGGUGCAGCUGAUCAUACAUUUAUGAGGAUUGACGGGGAACCGUGGAAGCAACCACUACCCCUGAAAGAUGACACUGUUGUGGUGGAGAUUUCUCACCUUGGUCAGGUGAACAUGCUCGCCACCCACGGUUGCCGGGCCAAGAGCGUCCAUGAUCCAUCCACACCAAGCCACCACGAUGACGAGGACAAUGACAGUGGUAAAGAAGAUUCAGGGGAGGAGUUCAGGAAGUUUGGGGCAGCUGAAACUUUCAAAAUCCCUGAUGAGGUUGACAUUAGUCGUCUUAGUUGAUCUCUUCAGUUUCCUUCUCCUUGAUUCUUUUUCUAAAUAUCGAUCAUGGGAAUAAAUGACGUGGGCUAAAUUCAUUUCAAUAUUCAUACAUAUGCAACUGGAGACCUUUGCAAUUAGUAUGUCGGAAACAUCUGUAUUGACAGUGUUCAUAUUUUCUUCUCUCGAUAAAUUAUCUCGAUGACAUCCGGCCAUAUGGUUUGUAAAUUUAGAAGGCCGUUACUAUUUCUCAGUCAUGUGGCCUGUACAUGUGUGAUCUCUCCAGGUAAAGUUCGUCUAGCCGACU